AUGUAUUUGAUGGCAGACUCUAUUGUGCAAAAUGUCCAUACAAACAAUGAAAGAGAUAACGGAUGGAACGGAACCAUUUGGGCGGUUCUGGUGGCCGGAUCUAAUGGAUGGUUCAAUUACAGACAUCAGGCAGAUAUAUGUCACGCGUAUCAAGUUCUUCACGAACAUGGAGUGAGUGAUAAAAACAUAAUCGUUAUGAUGUACGACGAUAUCGCACACAAUGAACAAAACCCAACGCAAGGAAUCAUCAUUAAUAAACCCAAUGGAAAGGACGUCUAUAAAGGAGUACCUAAAGAUUAUAUCAACAGCGAAGUAACGCCAGAAAUGUUCCUUAAGGUCUUACAGGGAGAUCAAAGUCUUCAUCAAAAGGGCAAAAAAGUGGUCAAAAGUGGUCCAAACGAUCACAUAUUCGUGUAUUUCGCAGAUCACGGCGCGCCCGGCCUUAUAGCCUUCCCUAACGGAGAACUAUACGCUAAAGAUCUGAAUAAUGCUCUGAGAAAUAUGGCUCAUCAGAAGAAGUUUAAUAAAAUGGCCAUUUAUAUUGAAGCGUGCGAAAGUGGUUCAAUGUUUUCCGGAUUACUUCCAAACAAUAUCAAUAUCUUCGCGACGACUGCC